AUGUCAGUCGAAGAACCCGUCUUUAAAAAGCCGCGUUUGCCUGGAGAACGAGAUGAAAAUGAGCAAAACAUUGGCCAGAAAGUGGAAGAAAAAGGUAAAUUUUUCAAUUUCAGUCUUAUAAAAGGCAUGUAAAAGUGGUAACUUGUGUUAGCUUGAUCAAAAAGAACCUAGAAACUAAUUUAUUGAUUAAUUUUGUUUAGUUCGUCUAGUAUAAUAUCCAUUUUUAGUGUUAAAAUACGAAGAAACCUACCUUCGCUCGAUUCCGGCCGCAUCCCAAUAUGAAAAGUCGUUCAUGCACAGAGAUGUCAUUACUCACGUUGUGUCUACAAAGUAAGUUGGAAGUGAUAAGAAGGAAAGAUUAGAAAUUUUGAUUUUUAGUACUUUGAAGCAAAACGAAUGGCGUAUUUUAUGUUAUUUUACCUUCACUUGAGUCAUUUGUAACAUUAAAAAGUUUUGUCGUUUUCCAAAGGGAGAAACAAUGAAAAUUGGCGACAAGACUUUUGGCAGUUUAGCUUUUGUUUAAAGAAGUUAAUUUUUACGGUCUCAUAGAUCCUAUGACAAUGUAUUGAUAGUAUUUUCUUGUUUUUGAUGUUAUGAUAGCCUAUUGAACGUAUUUCAGGACUGAUUUUGUGAUAACAGCCAGUAGAGAUGGGCACCUCAAGUUUUGGAAGAAGAAACACGCUGAAGGAAUCGAAUUUGUGAAACAUUUUAAAUGCCAUUUGAGUGGGUUUUGUUACCUAAAAUUUGAUUUUUUUAAAUUUUUUAGGUAGUUAAAAGGGUUUGAAUUUAAAAAAAUUUAAUAAUUUUGAAAUUAAAAUAUAUUAUGUUUUCAUGAUCGUAUUUUACAACUUCAAAAUUUCAAAAACCAACUUUCAGACCCAAUCCAAGAGCUAGCCGUCAAUCACAAUGGCACCCUGCUAGCUACCGUGUCUUCAGAAGACAAAGCUCUAAAAAUCUUUGACAUUCCCAAUUUCGAUAUGAUUAACAUCAUAACACUCGACUUCAGGCCAUCCACAGCCACAUGGGUUCAUCAAGGAUCGGAUAUUGUACAAGCAUUGGCAGUAGCCGACUUGGAUUCGCCUAAAAUUGUGAUUCUAGAUGGCAAAGGAUCAAACGAGCCGCUUCACUCGAUGGAAGAUCUUCACUUCGAUCCGGUCAGGAUUAUCCAGUACAUUCCGAGCUUGAAUAUCGCUGUUUCUGUGGAUACUGGUGAGGAUUUUGAAGCUUUUCUUGAUUUGUAAGCUUAUAUUGACUUGGGCUUCUUACAUAAUAUGAAUCUUAUUUUAUAUUUGGUUUGUUUAUUUUAGGUUCAUAUUGAGCUUCUUUUCUAUUAUAAUAUUAGGCUUAUAUUGAGCUUCUUUCACAAUUUUAGGUUUCUUUUUUAUCAGUUUUGGCAAUAUUAGGCUUGUAUUGAUUUUUAAAAUAUUUUUAGGUUCAUAUUGAGCUUUUUGUAUAACUUUAGGCUUAUAUUUAGCUUUUUUGUAAGUGUAGGCUUAUAUUAAGUUCGUUUUCAAUUUUUGGCUUAUUUUUACUUGUUAUGAAAGUUUUAGGCUUGUUUUAGCUCUUUUUAUAAUUUGUUUGCUUAUUUUAAGUUUUUUUAGGUUUUAGGCUUAUUUUAGAUGUUUUAAGGGCUUUAAAUUUCAGUUUUGUUUUAACGGUUGUUUUGUGUAUUAGGCUUAUUUAAUGACAUUUUUAAACUUUGUAGCUUAUUACUACAACUGUAUUUGUUUUAGGUUUAUUAUUUUUAUUUUAGGCUUAUUUUUUUUUGAAUUUCAGGUGGAAUGUUUGAAUUCUGGGGCGGAGCCAAGCUCAACUUCGAAUUCCCUUCAUCCAAACUGGACUGGGAGUACAAAACCGACACUGAUCUCUAUACCUACGCUAAACUCAAGAUUUGCCCUCAAAAUCUGACUUUCUCACCCUCAGGCGACAAAUUCGCAGUUUGGGGCAAAGAUCGCAUAAUUAGAGUGUUUGACACUUUGACCGGUAAGGUCAUCAAAUCCAUGGAUGAAACGCUGAAUAAAUAUAUUGAGAAGGCCAAGGAUAACAAAUUUCAUGGCCUUCAGAAUAUGGAAUGGAAUCGAAGGGUAGCAUUGGAGAAGGAUUUGAAUAAGGAAGAGGGGGUGUUCAACAACCUCAAGAUGAGCUUCGACUUCUCCGGAAACUUUUUGAUCUACCCUACUCCAAUUGGAAUUAAUGUAAGGUUUUUGGGGGCAGGGCCGGCCAGGGACUUUUGGUCUGAAGGUGGGGGUCGAAAAAAUCUACAGUGGGGACCAAGUUCAACUUUUAUCGAAUUUUUUUUGGGGGGGAAAUAUAAAAAAACUCCGUUUAUCCCCCCCCAGCGCCCUGCCAUGGGGAGGGGUGAUUUCAAUGCGAAGGAGGGGUGCUUCUCUUGUUUGAUGGUUUUUUUAAGUUUGAAUAGUAUAAUCAAUUUUAUCAAUACUAUCUAAAACAAUCAAUUUCCAGGUCUACAACUUAGUAACGGACAAGGUGGUUCGAGAAAUUGGCAAAGGAGAGAACGCACGAUUCAUGAGUGUUGCCUUGUGUAGAGCCAUGUUAGACAGCCGAGAGCUUCUUCAAGGAGCAGCGACAUCGUUGGAAGUGGAGGCGGCUGAUAACCCGAAUUUGAAACGGGCCGAACCUGAUCCCAUGCUGGUAGGUUUUUUUAUUUUUUUUAAUUGGGGGUGAUGGGGGUAAUAAUUUUUUUUGGUGGUGCAGUUUUUUAUAAUUAAAAAUUUUUGAGAUAGACUUACGAUGGGCGUGUUAAAAAAUAUUUUUUGAUGGGGGUGGAUAAUUUUUUUUAAUUUUUAGUAUAAGGCUGAGGGGCGGUUAAAAAUUUUUUAUCUGGCUUUGGGUAUGGUAAAUUCUUUUAAGAAUUAUGAUGGGCGGGGUACAAAAAACUUUUUUUGAUGGGGGUGGACAAUUUUUUUUUAAUUUUUGUUAAAAGACUGAGGGGCGGUUAAAAUUUUUUUCUGGUUUGGAUAUGGUAAAUUUGAAGUUUUUGAAAGAAUCAUGAUGGGCGGGGUAAAAAAAAUUUUUUGAUAGGGGGUGGAUAAUUUUUUAAAUUUUUCUUUGAAAAUCAAAAAAACUAUUUUUCAGAUAGCCCUAGCCUACAAAAAGCACCGCUUCUACAUUUUCACGAAUGCCGAGCCCUUCAACACCGAAGAAGAAGAAGAAUCCGGCUCGAGCCGAGACGUCUUCAAUGAGAAGCCUCUAAAAGAAGAAACGAUCACAGCGGUCGAAGAGGACACGCCUCAAUCGAAACUUUGUGAUCAAGCCAUCAUUCACACCUCGUAUGGGGAUAUUCAUGUAGAAUUAUAUCCGGACAAAUGCCCGAAAACGGUCGAAAACUUUUGCACGUUGGCUAGAAGAGGAUAUUACAAUAGCCACACGUUUCAUCGGGUUAUUAAGGCGGGUUUUGUCUUGUUUUGAAAAUACAGUAUGACUGUGAACUGAUAAUACUUACUUCUAACCUUUUUGUAUUAAAGAAUACCUAUAAUAAUAUAAUUUUAGGCCUUUAUGAUUCAAACCGGCGACCCGACCGGCAAAGGAACCGGCGGCCAAUCGAUCUGGGGCCAAGACUUUGAAGACGAGUUCCAUCCCCUACUCAAACAUGACAAACCCUACCGUUUAUCCAUGGCCAAUGCCGGCCCAAACACGAAUGGAUCUCAAUUCUUUAUCACCGUUUGUCCGGCCGACUGGUUGGAUGGCAAGAACACCUUGUUUGGGCACGUUACUGAAGGAUAUAAUGUGGUACAGAAGAUCAACGAUGUUCCAACGCAUGACAAGUCUGGCAGACCGAAGAAGGAAGUUACUAUCAUUUCUAUAUCUUUGAAGGUGGAUUAG